AGGCAGCAGAUGUCCAACGGCAGCUCCAUCACCCACUUCCUCCUCCUGCCAUUCGCACACACGCGGGAGCUGCAGCUCUGCCACUUCUGGCUCUUCCUGGGCAUCUCCCUGGCUGUGCUCCUGGGCAACGGCCUCAUCAUCACCAGCACAGCCUGCGACCAGCACCUCCACACCCCCAUGUACUUCUUCCUGCUCAACCUCUCCCUGCUGGACCUGGGCUGCAUCCUCACCACUGUGCCCAAAUCCAUGGCCAAUUCCCUCUGGGACACCAGGGCCAUCUCCUACACAGGUUGUGCUGCACAGCUCUUUUUCUUUCUCUUUUUUAUCAUAGCAGAGUUUUUUCUCCUCACUGUCAUGUCCUAUGACCGCUACGUGGCCAUCUGCAAGCCCCUGCACUAUGGGACCCUGCUGGGCAGAAGAGCUUGUGUCCACAUGGCAGCAGCUGCCUGGGGCAGUGGCUUUCUCAAUGCUCUGGUGCACACAGCCAAUACAUUUUCACUACCCCUCUGCAGAGGCAAUGCUGUGGAGCAGUUCUUCUGUGAAAUCCCCCCAAUCCUCAAGCUCUCCUGCUCACAUUCCUACCUCAGGGAAGUUGGGCUUCUUGUGAUAAGUAUCCUUUUAGCACUUGGCUGUUUUGUGUUCAUUGUGGUAUCCUAUGUGCAGAUCUUCAGGGCUGUGCUGAGGAUCCCCUCUGAGCAGGGACGCCACAAAGCCUUUUCCACGUGCCUCCCUCACAUGGCUGUGCUCUCCCUCUUUGUCAGCACUGGUUCCUUUGCCUACCUGAAGCCCCCCUCCAUCUCCUCCCCAUCCCUGGAUCUGGUGGUAUCAGUGCUGUACUCGGUGGUGCCUCCAGCAGUGAACCCCCUCAUCUACAACCUGAGGAACCAGGAGCUCAAGGAUGCUGUGAGGAAGCUGCUUUCUUUUUCCCUUUUUGUUUCCUCUCUCCUUGUUAUUUCCCUUAUCAUUAUCAUCACUAUCACCAGUACCUUGUGCUUCGGUUAUUAAACUCUUAUCUCCACCCUCGGGUUUCUCAUCCUUCCGGCCCUCCUCCC